UUCUAAAAACUUGACACUUCCGCUUCGAGACCACGGCUAGCUGAACUGUUCUGAUUCCAGGGUUGUAUACGAGCUAAAGAUGAACACGGUUCUGUCUAGAGCGAACUCUUUGUUCGCCUUCUCCUUGAGCGUUAUGGCGGCGCUGACGUUCGGUUGCUUUAUCACCACGGCCUUCAAAGAUAGACGAGUUCCGGUGGACAUCCACGUCUCCAAAGUCAUGCUGAAGAACGUCGAUGACUUCACAGGACCCAGAGAGCGCAGUGAUCUCGGUUUCAUCACGUUCGAUCUCUCAGCUAAUUUGCAGCCAAUCUUUGACUGGAAUGUCAAACAGCUGUUUCUCUAUCUGUCUGCAGAGUAUACAACAAGGAACAAUGCUCUAAAUCAGGUGGUACUGUGGGACAAGAUUGUCCUUCGUGGAGAAAACCCCAAACUGUACCUGAGAGACAUGAAGUCCAAAUACUUUUUCUUUGACGACGGUAAUGGACUCAGGGCAAACAAGAACAUUACUCUCACACUUUCGUGGAACGUUGUUCCCAAUGCUGGACUCCUCCCCCUUGUGGCCGGAAGCGGACACAUGAGUGUACCGUUCCCAGAAACGUAUGAGAUGACCAAGAGUUAUUAGAGUGAAACCAACAAAUGCACAAGCAGCCAGUUUGACAUGCGUGCGAACACAAUACACUGGUUUCUCUUUGGAUGUGUGAAUUUUUUUAUUUUAAUUUGUAAUAAAACUUAAGAAUUGGAGUAUCUGUGUCUGUUUUUGAUAAUAAACGGUUGGUACAAGAA